ACCGCGCAGAGUCGAUGUGGGGCGCUGCAGUUCGACUUUUAUUCUGCCACCUAGUUGUUAUUGCCCCGGCAGUCAAAGAUUCAUGUAGGGAAACUAUCAUAUUUACAUCAUAAAACCGGCCACAUCAGCAGCUUAUAUGCAAAAUUCCAGAUAAGCGAUAAAGUCAAGAAUGGCGGAGAGCAUACGAAUGAACGCUUCAGAUAAGACCAAUGUCUGUGAGCAGUACCACAGCUUUUUUGAGAAGUGUGUGAAGAAGGGUGACAGUCUUCUGCUGUGCCAGGACCACAUUCUGUGUGUGCAGAACCUGCUUUCAGAAGGUGAUGUGCAGAUCUUAUUCAGCUCCAUGGGCGUGGACCUCUUCACUGUCAUGGAGGCCUCAAUCCAGAGCGCUGGUUCUGGCCUUGAAGGGCUCGCUAAGGCUUUUGAAGUCCUGGAGCUUGCAGCCCUUAACCUAUACCUGUGUCCAUGGAGGAAGGAGUACAAAACAAUAAAGAUGUUUUCUGGCACAUACAUCCACCAGGUGGCACCAGUGUUGUCUGAGCAACAGGCUGCUAUGUUUUUCGGGUUGCUUGGAUACCAGGAGGCAGAGGGGCAACGGCUUGAGCUGAGGGGGCAGCCCACUGCAGAACAACUUCGAAGGCUCGCAUGCGCGUUCUUCUUGGUACGCUGUAAAUGUCGCCUCCUGCUGGGGGCCGGGGGAUCUCGAGGCGGAGGGUUGGUUUUUGAACAAGCCCUGGUGAAAGAGGGGCAGAAGGAGCGUGGCCUGCAGGAGGCAAGGAACAAUGUGGUGAAGCAGUUGGAGGUGAGGAAGCAAGACUUACUGCUUGAAGGGGACCUGGACCUGUACACAGCAGAAACGUUCAAUGGGGCGAGCCAGUCAGACAAGCUGCAAGCACAAGAUCAUGUCUGUGGAAUGAGCCAUCACAGCAGUGGCAGCAUCUUGCCUGCAGGUGGCAGCAGCAACAUUUCCGUGCAAGAUGAAUCUGUCAGUGCUACUACAUCUGACCAGCUGAACGAGGUGAAUGACCUGACCAGAACACUCUGUAGUCAACAGGAAGAAGCAGCAAGGUCUGUGAAGACUGAGAUGUCUAGAGCAGGGAUAGAACAGCAUAUUGCUUCUCAGGCCAGUGGGAGUGACUGGAGAGCUGCAGAGUCGUCUGCUGUCUCCAAUGGUGGGAGAAUGUGUCCGAUGACAUUGUACUGUGAGCAGUGCUGCAUCGUGCACAGCCUGAACUGUCCUGAGAUGGAACGCUGCGAAAGGCAGAGACAUCAGACGCGCUACAUACAGGAAAACACGACCCACCAGGAGAGAGCUGGUGGGGUGCAGGAGCCAAAGGAGCAUGAGAAGCUGGCCGCAUGUCCAAAGAGACACACCUGCCUGGAGGAAGGACUCUCACGUGCCAAGGACCUCAUAUGUGAGCAGGGCCAGCACUGCAGCAAGACCGAGCGCACAGUGAUGUCCAAGUGGUCGCCUGAGCCCAGUGAACAUGCCACCCCACUAUCCCUAACCCCACAAUCUCUCACCCCACACUCUCUCACCCCCCACUCCUGUGAUCUUGGCAGAUUCACCACAGGGGUUCUGCAGAAUAUCAGCUGCGGUGACUUGAAGCUUUGCACGCAUCUCCAGCAAGACGUUGUGAAGAAGUGCAUAGAUACGAAAAACUGUAUGUUACCUAUCAGUGCCAUGUGUAAAUACUGCCAUGUCGCCUAUUGCAAGUUGUGCUGGUUCAGGUUCCCAAUUACCUGUGAAUGCGGUCAGCCCAUAUCCCCUGUCAAGUGAAAUCCCACCUCAUUCACAGUUAAAGAUCCCACCAUAUACUUGUCCAUACAGGCAUGUUUUCACACAGCACUAAUCAAGAAUAUAUCCACUCAAAACCUGAAUUUUAUUUGAAAAAAUUGUGUUUUAACAUGUCGUUGAAAGGAAUAACCCUUAUUGCAGCCAUCUUUGGUUCUGAAUAUUUGGGAAUCAUCUAAUUCACUUUCUUGUUUGUUGCAAAAAAAGAGUAAAAAGAAAAAACAAACCAUUUA